AUGCCAUUUCUACAAGGCCUUAUUUCGAGACUUCGAAAUUUACAAGGAAGAAACAUUCGACAAAAUAACUUUGAAAGGAAUAAUGAAAAUUCUUUUUCUCGUGACAGCAAAAGAGUCCAAGAAGUUCGAAGCUGGAGCGUUCAGGAAGUAAAUGAGUUCUUGCAAACUACGUUGGGAGAAAAAUGGACGCCUCGAGAAACGAAAAUUUUCGAAAAAAACAAGAUAACUGGUUCAAUCUUUUUAAACUUAACAAUUAAAAAGAUGAAAUCAUUGAAAGUUCCAUUGACGCUUGCAUUUGAAAUCGACAAAUUGCAGAAAGAACUCCGUCAAAAAAGAAUUAUGGUUCAGCAAUAUGACGAUGAUGGUCAUUCAUCACUAGGUUUCGAUUUUUUGACUAUUGAUUGCCAAGAAAACUUUGAAAUGGUUUUAAGACGAUCCAAUGCAAUGGGAUUAGAAUUAAUUAAAAGUCAUUUUAAUGAGGAUAUCUAUUAUAAUACCCCAAUCCUUAUUUCAUCCUUCGAUGAACUUAUUGAUGAACAAGAGUACCGAUAUGAUGCUAUCCAUAGGUUUAGUAAGAAAUGGCGUUGA